AUGCUGCCCACCCCCUUCUCGGUGAAGGACAUCCUCAGGCUGGGCGCUCCCGGGGAGCCCCGCGCCCCCCCCGGCCCCCGGGAUGCCGGCAGCCCCCGCGGGGAGGACCAGCCGCCUGCAGGAAAAUGUUUGCUCUCCCACCCUUUCGAUGCAGACGAGAAGAAAGCCGACCCCUGCCACCACCCCAAGCAGCGACAGCGGAGAAAACCCCGAGUUUUAUUCUCCCAAGCUCAGGUGUUUGAACUGGAGCGGCGAUUUAAGCAACAGAAAUACCUCUCGGCUCCGGAAAGGGAGCACCUCGCCAGCAUGCUUAAACUCACCUCUACGCAGGUGAAAAUCUGGUUCCAAAACCGGAGGUACAAGUGCAAGAGGCAAAGGCAGGAUAAAUCCCUGGUGCUGGCUGCCCACCCGCUGCCCCCGCGGAGGGUGGCGGUGCCCGUGCUGGUCAGGGACGGCAAACCCUGCCUUGGGGGCUCCCAGCCUUACCCAGCCCCAUACAGCAUCACCGCCAGCCCUUACUCCUAUAGCUCUUACUACAGUGCCUACAGCAGCGGCCCAUACGGUGCUAGCUACGGGGGGAGCUAUGCUGGGGUGCCCCCCAGUGCCACCCCCGGCAGCCCUGCCGUGAACGUGAGCUUGGGCAUGGCCGGCGCGGCUCAGCACCAGCCGGCGUGCUUGCAAGCCACCGUGCAAGCGGGCAUCAGGGCUUGGUAGGUGGCCACGGAGUUCAGGACCGCCGGAAAAACACCGAGGAAAGCCCCUCUGCUCCACAGCCCAGCCUUCGUCGGGAUGGGAGCCAAACCCCCAGGGUUUCUGCCAGCCCGGACCAGUGGGACGGCUCCGGAGCAUCCGUCCCCUCCAGACAGCUCGUGUGGCCACGUCUCUGCAAAGGCAGGUCGGGGGGGGGGGGGACGCCGCCGCCCCAGCACUGCGCCUUUGGGGACCCGAUGACUGAGGGCAUUUAUUUAUUUAAACACAAAUGUCUCGGGGUCUGGCCCUUCCCGAGCCCAGAGGGUUUGCUCCCCCAGGAUGUCAGUGCAGGCCAUCAGGAGGGUAUGAACACGGCUUUUCUUUCUAAGGGCAACUGGAAAACAGGGUCUGUGCACAUCACUUGUGCAUUCACUUUUUUAUGAAUGCUAUUUAAGGCUUUGAGUUCCUCUAACCUUUUGAGAUAUAUUUCUGGUUUAUAUUCUCUAUAUUAACACCAGAACAGGUGCUAAUUUCUGACUUUAUUAUUAUUAUUUGCAAAUAAAAUACAAAUUGGUAAAAUUGCAUGUUUUCCCUCGCUCGCCACUCCUCACUUAGUAUUUUAA